AUGGGGUUGAUCACCGUCACCAUAGAGCAGCAUGCAGGGAACCUGUUUAUGUUCAGUAAGGUGGCCAACGUUAUCCUCUUCUUCAGGCUGGACAUCAGACUGGGCUUCCUCUACUUCUUACUGUGCAUUGCGUUCUUCAUGACCUGCAAACCACCACUCUACAUGGGCCCAGAGUACAUCAAGUACUUCAGUGAAAAGACCAUAGAUUGUCAGUCCUUCGCCCCCGUCUUUGCUGGCCUCUUCCUCAAGUAUAACUGUACUGGACUGCGGUUUGGGAAGAUAGAUGCUGACCAGUACGGAGAGGUGGCUUAGAGGUACAAGGUUAGCACCUCCUCUCUGGCCAAGCAGCUCCCUUCAUUGGUGCUUUUCCAGUCAGGGUGGGAGGUCAUGAGUCGUCCAAUGGUGGACAAUAAGUUUCGAGCUGUCUGGACUUUCAGCGAGGAAAACAUCAUAUGUGACUUCAACCUGAACGAGCUCUUCGAGGCAUCUAAGAAGAUAAAGAAGGGUCGUGGUGUGAAAGGAGAGGAAGUUCACUGCACAGUUCACUGCUCGUCACACAAUCGCUGUCAGUUAUCACUGGUUGUAUUACCAGACGAACAGGAUUCAAGUUAAUUCACGAGCUUGGGCUUGUGGAAAAGCUGCUGCACGCAAACCAAAAGGGACAGAAUGAGCUACACUACAUGGCCAAAAGUAUGUGGACACCCGCUCGUUGAAAAAUCUCAAUCCAAAGUCAUGGGCAUUAAAAUUGGAGUUGGUUCCCC